UAAAGAAACCAACCUGAAAAGCACCGGCGUGAAUAUUUUCCUUUAUCAGCAGCACCUUCAACACGGCGGAUCAGCAUCGUGCACCCGAGUUUAGAUUCGCAUGAUGUCUGGAGACAUGGCCACAGAUCAUGUAAACGGGAAUGGAACGGAGGAACCGAUGGACACUACGGCGGCGGUGACCCACUCAGAACAUUUCCAGGCUUUACUGGAAGCGGGUUUACCUCAGAAAGUUGCUGAGAAGCUAGAUGAACUUUACGUAGCAGGCUUGGUAGCACAUAGUGACCUAGACGAAAGGGCUAUUGAAGCUUUGAAAGAAUUCAAUGAGGAGGGAGCCCUGCAAGUGCUGGUCCAGUUCAAAGAGAGUGAUCUGUCACACGUGCAAAACAAAAGUGCCUUUCUCUGUGGGGUAAUGAAGACUUACAGGCAGAGGGAGAAACAAGGGACUAAAGUUUCAGAUUCUACUAAAGGACCCGAUGAGGCUAAAAUCAAAGAACUCCUGGACAGAACCAACUACACACUUGACGUAACAACAGGACAGCGAAAGUAUGGCGGCCCCCCGCCCGAGGACGUGUACUCAGGUGCCCAGCCCACGGUUGGAACAGAGAUAUUUGUUGGGAAGAUUCCCCGUGACUUGUUCGAAGACGAGCUGGUUCCUCUCUUUGAGAAGGCCGGACCUAUCUGGGACCUCCGGCUAAUGAUGGACCCCCUGAGCGGCCUGAACAGGGGCUACGCCUUCGUCACGUUCUGCACUAAAGAAGCGGCCCAGGAGGCGGUGAAGCUGUGCAAUAAUCAUGAGAUUCGCCCCGGCAAGCACAUUGGGGUGUGUAUAUCUGUCGCCAACAACAGGCUAUUUGUUGGCUCCAUUCCCAAGAGUAAAACAAAGGAGCAGAUAGUAGAAGAGUUUGCUAAAGUCACAGAGGGCCUCAGUGAUGUCAUACUGUACCAUCAACCCGAUGACAAAAAGAAGAACCGGGGUUUCUGCUUCCUGGAGUAUGAAGAUCACAAAACAGCUGCUCAGGCCCGUCGCCGGCUAAUGAGCGGGAAGGUGAAGGUUUGGGGCAACGUGGUGACAGUGGAGUGGGCCGAUCCCAUCGAAGACCCCGACCCAGAGGUCAUGGCCAAGGUGAAGGUUUUAUUUGUGAGAAACCUCGCCAACGGUGUCACAGAGGAGAUCCUGGAGAAGUCCUUCAGUGAGUUUGGAAACCUGGAGCGAGUUAAGAAACUCAAAGACUAUGCUUUCAUUCACUUUGAAGAGAGGGAUGGUGCAGUGAAGGCAUUAGAAGAAAUGAACGGGAAGGAGCUGGAGGGAGAGCCGAUUGAGAUUGUUUUUGCCAAACCACCAGAUCAGAAGAGGAAGGAACGCAAAGCCCAGAGACAAGCAGCCAAAACGCAAAUGUAUGAUGACUAUUACUACUACCCUCCCCCUCCCCACAUGCCUCCACCUGUCAGAGGCCGGGGCAGAGGCGGCAACCGGGGCGGCUACGCUUAUCCCCCCGACUACUAUGGUUAUGAGGACUACUAUGACUAUUAUGGCUAUGACUAUCACAACUACCGCGGCGGCUACGACGACCCCUACUACGGUUAUGACGACUUCCAGGCCCCGAGCCGAGGGCGCGGUGGCAACAGGGGCGCCCGGGGAGGAUCCUCUCCAGCCAGGGGACGUGGCGGCGCCGGUGCACCCAGGGGCAGGGCCAGCUUCUCCCAGCGUGGCGGGCCGGGACCAGGCCGCGGCGGGCGGGGCGCAAGAGGAGGCGUGCAGCCGAGAGGGCGAGGAGGGGUACGUGGUGCGCGGGGUGGCCGCGGUGGAAAUGUAGGAGGAAAGCGCAAAGCUGAUGGGUACAACCAGCCAGAUUCCAAGCGUCGCCAGACCAAUAAUCAGAACUGGGGCUCUCAACCCAUUGCUCAGCAACCGCUCCAAGGUGGUGAUCAUUCUGGUAACUAUUCUGGUUACAAAUCUGACAACCAGGAAUUUUAUCAGGAUUCUUUUGGGCAACAGUGGAAGUAAACCAGUAGGGCUUUGAUAACAAAAUACGUGUUUAUUGUUUUUGUUUUUGUCUUUUUAUUUAGAGACUUGAUCUGAUUGGCCCUCAAUCCCAUACGGUUGCCUGCAUUUUUUCCUCAAAAUUGGUGACAUCUGGCAAGAUAUCUUUUUGUACAUAUUUUAAUAAUCCGCUUGGACUCAAACAAUAGUCACACUCCCACCUGUUUCUGGCGAACUGGUUUUCUUUUUUUCUUUUUUUUUUCUUUUUUCCUUUUUUCUUUUUUUAUUAUUAUUAUUAUUAUUUUUAAGAUGGUCGUUUAAAAGAUUUUCCAUAACAAAGUUUGAAAAAAAUUUUUAGAUGCAAAUAUGUGCUCGAGCUGUCUAUUUGGCUAUAGCUUUAUGUAUGUUUUUAGAGAUUCUGGUUUCCAUGUUUUAAGUAGCUAACAGCAACAAAGCAUAUGUCUCCUAAACAUGUAUUUAAAACAAAUGAAAAUACAAUUUGUAUUGUCACAAAGUAAUGCGUGUCUUGUUAUUGAAAAGAAAAAAAAGGACCAUCGUAGUCCUAUUUUUUGGCUUUACAUUUUGGCUUGUAUUCUUUGCUGUUUGUCUGCUUUAAUAAACAUACACGCACACGUGUACAAAACUUCAAA